AUGAGGUAUGCUCUACCGGGUUGGAAGUCUAUCACUAACUAUGACUACAACCGUCUUGGGAAGAUCUGGUUUUGUUGGAAGGAUGAGGUUGUAGUUAUGCUUUUGCACAAAAGUGCGCAGAUCAUCACUUGUGCUGUUCAAAAUCCAGUAAAUGGGGAGCAGUUUAUUUGUUCGGCUAUUUAUGCAUCAAAUUUCAUGGCUGAGAGAAGAUUACUUUGGGAGGAUAUCAGAGCAACAAGAGCAGCAUAUGAACACCUAUCCCUACCCUGGAUUUUGCUAGGGGACUAUAAUGUCACGCUCUCUUCCUCAGAACAUUCUAGAAGUCAGGAUUAUAUGGUGGAUCAAUCAGGCAUGCGGCAUUUUCAAGACUUGGUAUAUGAUUGUCAUCUUUUGGAUCUCCCUUAUGUUGGAUGGUGGAACAAGCGAGGGUUGGAUCCUAUUGGUAAAAAACUAGAUCGCACUUUGAUAAAUGGGGAUUGGCUCAGAUUCUUCCCACAUUCAUUUGCCAAGUUUAAAGCGGGAGGAGUCUUUGACCAUGCUCGCUGCAUUUUUUUUUUGCCUCUCAUCACACGCAAAUGGGGUGAAUCGGGUCCAUUAUAUCACUCCAGGUCCGCUCUCCAGAGGUUCCAUCAGAAGUUAAAAACGCUCAAGCAUGAUCUGCGAAAUCUCAACAGAACGCACUAUGGUGACAUCCCUAUCCACACAAAGAAGGCCUUUGACGACCUCUGCAUCUAUCAAGCUCAGGUGCUAGCUAAUCCUUGCUCGGAGACAUUCCAUGCUGAAUCAGUUGCGUCUGAUCGAUGGCAUCACUUUGCACGUAUUGAAGAGCAGCUGUUCAUGCAGAAAUCUAGAAUCCAGAUAGCUCGCAACAACAUCAAUUUGCUCUACAAAGAAGAUGGUGAGGUACUUACGGAUCCAGAUGCUAUUAAGAGGGAAGCUGUAGAUUAUUUCCAGAGGUUUAUGCAAUCACAACCUGACAAUGCGGAAUCCACUUAUCUGGAAGAGCUGCCGGAUUUGCUAAACUACAGAUGUUCUGCGCCAGAUGCCUCUAUGAUGGUAGCUCCCUUUUCAGCAGCAGCUAUUUAUGAAACUUUGAGGUCUCUCCCGAACGGAAAGGUACCAGGACCAGAUGGCUACACGAAGGAGUUUUUUGUAGUAGCAUGGCCUAUAUUGGGAAGAGAUUUCGUCAUUGCGAUUCAGUCUUUUUUCCAGUUUGGCUUUCUGCCUACCGGGGUAAACUCUACCAUAUUAGCUUUGAUUCCGAAGAAGAGCCCUGCCCGGACUAUGAAAGACUUCAGACCGAUAGCAUGCUGCAAUCUGAUGUACAAAGUAAUCUCAAAGCUUCUAUCCAACAGGCUGAAGAGGAUCCUCCCAGAGGCUAUAGAGUAUGCUUUCAUCAAGGGGCGUCUGUUGCUGGAGAAUGUAUGUCUUGCAAAUGGGCUUGUUAAGGAAUAUCAUCUGGAUUCGACUUCAGACAGGUCUACAAUCAAAUUUGACAUAGCAAAGGCUUUUGAUACGGUGAAAUGGGGAUUUAUAUUCUCGGUUCUACAGGCUUUGCUCUCAGAUGCAUGUAUCAAUGGGGCCUGGAACAUAAGAAGGCGAGGGAGGAGAGUGUUUGGUGAUGUCUAUGAUGAGAUUGAGAAUGCAAGUAUGCCAACUUCGGAUGCAGGAAGGGACUUUACGCUUUGGAGACACGAUGGUGAUGACUUUAAGAACCAUUUUUCUACUCGGGCAACAUGGGAGCAGAUUAGGAUCAGGAAGCAGGAAGUUCCCUGGCAUAGGCUGGUUUGGUUUCCUCAAGCAGUUCCUCGACAGGCCUUCAAAGUGUGGCUGACCUUCAAAGAUAGACUAUCUACGGGAGUUCGUAUGAGACAGUGGGGGAUUACUCAGGGGUGUAUGUUCUGUGGUGAGAGGGAUGAAAGUAGGGAGUAUCUGUACUUUGCCUGCCCUGUUACUUACUUUAACGGCUAA